AUGAGGUUGACUCAAACCCAACGCCAACAAUGCCAAACCCUCCGGUUGUCACCGAACCCAACAUCUCGGGCACCACCCACCCCCGGCGCCGGGGCCGUCCCAAAUUUGCCGUCCGGGGAGGACGUCCGGCGCCGUCCCACGCGUCGCCGGCGCCGCUCGCCGCAGGUGAAGGAGCUCGGAGCCGCCAUCUACAACUGCAGCUGCUUGGCCGAAGAUUUGGGCAAAAUCUUCGAGGCCUACUGGGCCCUGGGCGUUCCCGGCGCGUCCAUCCCGGCGCCGUGGCCGGACAGCUUCUCCACCGCCAUCAACGCCGAGACGCCGCUGGAGACCACGCUCAACGGCACCGCGGCCGCCGUCUACUUCUCGAGCUCGCCGCCGCCGCUCUGCGCCGCCGGCCGCACCGGGGACCUGGAGGCGCUGCUGGGCGCGGUGGACGGCGCCGAGGCGUUCGUGGACGUGGCGGUGAUGAGCUACGUGGCCGGCACGGAGUUCUCGCGGCCGCGGCGCUUCUGGGCGGCCAUCGACGAGCGGCUGCGGCGCGCCGUGGUGCAGCGCGGCGUGCGGCUGCGGCUGCUGGCCGGCUGCUGGGGCCACAGCCGCGCCGAGAUGUUCCCCUUCCUGCGGUCGCUGGCCUCCCGGGGUCGGUGCCAAUCCCCGGUGUCGGUGCCGGUCCCCGGUGUCGGUGUCGGUGCCAAUCCCGGGGUCGGUGCCAACCCCGGUGUCGGUGUCGGUGCCAAUCCCGGGGGGUCGGUGACAAUCCCUGGGGGUGGUGACGGUGCCAAUCCCGGGGUCGGUGCCGGUCCCCGGUGUCAGUGCCGGUGCCAACCCCGGUGUCGGUGUCGGUGCCAACCCUGGUGUCGGUGCCGUCCCGGCGCGCAGCGGCUGUUCCUGGUGCCGGCCAGCGCGGCGCAGAGCCGCAUCCCCUUCGCCCGCGUCAGCCACACCAAGUACAUGGUCACCGACUGCCCAAAACGUCCAGGCACGUCCAACUGGUCCGGGGAUUAUUUCGAGCGCACGGCGGGUGCGGCGCUGGUGGUGGCGCAGCCGGGGCCCGGCGCGGGCUCGUUCCGGCAGCGGCUCCGCGACGUCUUCGAGCGGGACUGGAGCUCCGGCCACAGCGUGGACAUCGCCGAGGCCGAGCGCUGGAGCGACCGCUGCGGGCCCCGCUAGAGCCGGGGCCGGCCGUUUUGAGGGGAAAAAUAAAGAAAAACGGGUUUUUGGGCGA